CGAAAACUCAAUCCCGGGGCAUCCAUCCCAUCAAACAAAACCAUGGCCACUACCUCCACCCCCAGCCAAGAGCUGGUGAUCGGCACCCGCAAUUCCAAGCUCGCUCUCGUGCAGGCCGAGCGCGUCUCGCAGGACUUGGCGCGGGUGAAUCCCGAAUUCAAGUUUCCGUGGCGGACGGUGUCCGUGAGCGGCGAUGUGGAUAAGACGAGUCCGUUUCUGAAAUUCGGCGGUCCGUCGGACGCGGCGAAGAAUAUCUGGACGGAGGAGAUGGAGGCGAAGUUGAAGGCUGGAGAGCUGGAUUUGCUGGUCCAUUGUUUGAAGGAUAUGCCGACGAAGCUGCCGAGUGGAUGCGUGCUUGGGGCGAUUGUGCAUCGCCAGGAUCCGAGUGAUGCUUUUGUCGUGAAGGAGUCUUUGCGCGAUAAAUACACAGAUCUGACAGAGUUGCCAGCGGGAUCGGUCAUUGGAACAAGUUCUACUCGACGGAAGGCUUUGUUGGCGUACAAGUUUCCGCAUUUGGUAGUGCAGGAAUGUCGUGGGAAUCUUGAUACCCGCCUUCGCAAGCUCGACGAUCCCGAAGGCCCGUUUACAGCCAUCAUCGUCGCCACGGCUGGCCUUGUCCGCAUUGACAUGGCGCACCGCAUCACGAAACGUCUGUCACCGUCGGACUUCCCCUAUGCUGUUGGCCAAGGAGCCCUGGGUAUUGAAAUCCGUGACGACGAUCCGCGGACUCUGUCUAUGAUCCAACCGAUUGAGGAUGGCCUCGUCCGCAAGAUCUGUCUGGCUGAGCGAUCCCUGCUGCGGACUCUGCAAGGCGGAUGCUCGUCCCCGGUGGCUGUCUAUUGCACUCCUGAAACAUUGGAGAGCGCUGCCAGCCCCAGGCUAAGAUUGGAAGGAAUGAUUAUUCAUCCUCAUGGAACCAAGCAGGUCUCCGCUGCGUCGUCCGCGCACGUGGGAGGUGACGAGGAUGCCGAAGGACUUGGGGCUGAAGUGGCACGGCUACUUGAGGAGAAUGGAGGAAGGGAUCUUUUGAGUGAAAUUGUCAAGCUUUACCAAGAAGAGCCACAAUAAUCUAUACAACAUAAAACCUGUAACAU